AUGGUUGUCAACGGAGACCAGACGGCCUUUUGGCAGGAUGCGGACAGGUACCUGAUGUACACGGGGGUACCCUACUCGCCCGUCGUCAUUGUCAAGGCGGAGGGCGUCCGACUGCACGACUCUACGGGACGGGAGAUCCUCGACUUCACCUCGGGCCAGAUGAGCUCCCUGCUAGGACACUCGCACCCCGAGGUGGUGGAGGUGGUGCGGCAUUACGUCGGGGAGCUGGACCACCUCCUCAGCAACAUGAUCACGUCGCCGGUGGUCGAGCUGGCCAAGCGGCUGGCCGGGCUGCUCCCGCCGGGGCUGGACCGGUCGUUCUUCCUCAACACGGGGUCCGAGUCGACCGAGGCGGCCAUCAAGAUGGCCAAGAUGUACACGGGCAAAUUCGAGAUUGUGGCCUUCACGGCAAGCUACCACGGGCUGACGCAGGGGUCCGGGUCGGCCACGUACUCGACGGGGCGCAAGAACGCCGGGCCCACGAUGCCGGGCCAGCUGGCCUUCCCGGCGCCGUACCCUUACCGGUCGGUGUUCCGCAAGGCCGACGGGUCGUACGACUGGGAGACGGAGCUCGAGCACGGCUGGGCCAUGAUCGACCGGCAAAGCGUGGGCUCCCUGGCGGCCUUCAUCAUGGAGCCGAUCCUGUCGACGGGUGGCAUCCUGGUGCCUCCCAAGGGCUACCUGAAGCGCAUGCAGCAGGAGUGCAGGAAGCGCGGGAUGCUGCUGAUCAUGGAUGAGGCGCAGACGGGCGUCGGCCGCACCGGCCAGAUGUUCGCCUUCCAGGACGACGACGCCACCCCGGACAUCCUCGCCCUGUCCAAGACGCUGGGGUGCGGCCUGCCCCUGGCGUCCGUCACGACCACGGCCGAGAUCGACAGGGGCUGCAGGGACGCCGGCUUCCUCUGGCUCACCACCCACCUCAACGACCCGCUCACCGCCGCCGUGGGCAACAAGGUCCUCGAGAUCGUCGAGCGCGACAACAUCCCCCAGAAGGCCCUCGAGCGCGGCGAGCAGCUCCGCCGGGGCCUGCUCGCCCUCCAGGAAAAGUACUGGUGUAUAGGCGACGUGCGGGGCCGCGGGCUCUUCCAGGCCAUCGAGAUCAUAUCUGACGCCGAGAGCAAGGCCCCCGGCCCGGAACUGGGCGCCGAGAUCUCCGCGCGCGCCCUCGAUCUCGGCCUGUCGUGCAACGUCGUCAACCUUCCGGGGAUGGGUGGCGUCUUCCGCCUAGCACCGCCCGUCACCGUCACGGCCGAGGAGAUCGAGAAGGGGUUGCAGCUGCUGGACGCGGCAUUUGGUCAGGUCUUGAAGGAAAAGGGUUACUCGGCUGCUUCGUAG